AUGCUGGGCCGGACGCUCAUUCUGCCGCAGAAUUCCGCCAUCCUGCAAGACUGCUCAAACUUGGUGGAUUCAUGCCUUCCAGUCCUGUCUGUGUUUCCAGAGUUAGCCAAGUACACGCUGCUUGCUUUCGCUGCUAUGCUGGGAGUCAACGUUCUCUAUGCUGACCUGGACACCUACUGGGCGCAGAACCCAUUUCGGCUGCUUCCGAGACAUGAUGACCUUGAUGCAGCUGACGUGGCUCGGCAGCAUGUUGGAGGCGCAGUUGUCUACGGCGGCUCCCACGCGCAGUAA